AUGGAAUCCGCCGACGUGGCACUCGAAGACGACAAGUCACCGUCCAAGACCUCGGAGAACAACAAUAACGACGACGACAAUGAGAAUGAAGACCCGAACCGCAGCAAGAAAGCGAAUGUGAGGAAAAGGACGAAAACCGGCUGUCUCACAUGUCGAAAACGCCGCAUCAAGUGCGAUGAAGGCCGGCCUAUCUGUAACAACUGUAUCAAGUCCAAGAGGCAUUGCGAGGGGUACAAUCAACGUGUCAUUUUCAAAGAUCCCAUCGCCGCGUUCAAUAUCAAUGGCGGCUACGGUCCUAUCGUGUAUCCUCCCGAGGCGCCAAAUCAGUCAUUCAACCAACUGCCCAACCCGCCGCCAAAAUCCGUCAACGGACCUCCUUUGGCACCGAUUGCGCCUAAGCCGCCGCAGCAUCUCGACUUGCAGGGCCAAACAAUGUUUCCUUAUGGCCAAGGCUUCCCCGGUCAUCAUCAACCUCAGGCCCCUCCUCCUGGUGCCUUCGACUUCAACCAGUUCUCGUAUGGCGAGCAACACAUGCACUCAAGUUCUUCCAUCAUCUCACCAGCCAGUCAAUUCCAGCCGCAUUUUGGUAAUCAGCGGAGCAGCUUGGUCAGUCCCAAUACAGAUAGUGGCGCGUUUGUCCACAGUCCGACAGAACCAUGGAGAGGGCAGCCGACGGCAGUUCAUGCGCUGGUGGAAGAGAUGGAUGUGUUCCCCAGCGUUAAUACCGCUCCUCGGGUGGGUCACCCUUUGGAGGACGCAGAGCUUCAGUACCCGUGCUCGGACGACGAUGCCUCCAUGCCCGACUCCGAGGACGCAUUCGAAGAUCUCAUGGGCGAGGAGAGCGCGUACGGCCAACUGGUGCAGAGCCGGAACGACGGCCCUUGGGAUGGAUUCGGAACCAAAAUGAGGUCCUUCUCGGCCUUUGCCGAUGAGACCAUUCUCACAUCGUACAUACCCACACCCAACAAUUCGCCACUCAACGACGAGCGAACCGCGACUUUGUUCUGGCAUUUCAUCAACGUCACAGGGCCAAGCAUGUCCCUCUACGAGAGGCAUCCUUUUGACCACUCAAAGUUGACAAACAAUUUCUCUGUGCCCAAAGCAGGGCACAAUAUCUGGACCUACACGUUUCCUAUUAUAUCCUUCACACACCCUGCCCUCCUCCAGGCAAUGCUUGCGUUGGGUGCGUUGCAAAUCGCCAAGCUGCAGCAAAUACCGCCGACGGCGGCCAUGAAGCAUUAUCACCUCGCCAUCCGCAGGAUUGCAAAGAAUCUGCGGAGUCCCAAGAGGAGAACGUCGCCGGCGACACUAGCCGCCUCCCUCUUGCUCGGGUACUUUGAGGUCUGGAACUCGGAUCACACCAAGUGGUGUAACCAUCUCUUUGGGUCCAGACUCCUGAUCAGGGAGAUCCCGUUUCGGCAAAUGACAAAGAGCAUUCUGCCGCUGAAAAGGGUCAGAAGGGCACUGUUCCAGGAGAGCCAGAACCAGCCCAUGGACCCGUUUUACAUGGGCCACGACAACACACACAUGAUGAGCCACGAUCUUGACGAUCUCGACCUCGGCUUCCUCAGCAAGCUGACCAACCAGCACGUCUCGUACGAGGACGACGAGCCGUCUCCGCACUACUACACAGACCGUGAUAUCGAGCACUACGAACAUCUCAGAGAUCUGUACUGGUGGUAUUGCAAAAUGGAUGUGUACCAGAGCAUAUUGGGCGGAGGGAAACCUUUUAUGGACUACCAGCACUGGACGCAAUGUCCGCCACGAGCCCCAAUGGGCCGACUUGAAGCCAUAUACGGGACGUACGACCACCUCAUGCUGUUGCUCGGGCGCCUGUGCAGCUUCGCAUCCAAGGAUCUCCCGAGAAAACGGAAAUCUUUCAAGGGCUUCGGACCCCCAGGUGGACCUCCCGGCGGACCACCCAGCGGACGGCCUGGAGGGCCACCGCAAGGAGGACCGCCAGGUGCGGGUGGGCCACCGAGAGGCGGCCAGGGUUGGCCCCGGCCAGGAAUGGCAACGGGCAUGUCCGGAGGCGGGCCGCCCAGUGGGAUGAUGGGGGGGAUGCCAGGUGGACCUCCCGGGGCUCCUCCGAUGGGAAUGCCGCCGCCAAACAUGAUGGGAGGUCCGCCGAGCGGGGGCCCACCGCCAGGAAUGGGACCACCACCGGGAAUGGGACCACCACCGGGAAUGGGACCACCGCCGGGAAUGGGCGCCGGCGGUCCCGGCGGCUCGCCGCCCAUGUUCCCGGGCAUGCUCCCCAACCUCGGAAAGGUGACGCUGCCGAUGGGCUUCAGUCCCCCGCGCGACGACUCCCCGCCGCCGCCAGACCACCCAGAGGACCUCGACUCGGACGCGGCCGCGGACGCCGCCCUGCGCGAGUGGACCUCCCUCCGCGAGGCCUUUGAGAUGCUCCGAUCCCGCUUCGGCCCGGAAUUCCAGCCCCUGGGCGCCGAGUACGCCGACCGGCGGGACUCGCCGUUUGGUCCGACGCUGCAGUACCGCACCUUCUCGGUGGCGGGCAUCUGGAUGAACUACUACAUGGGGCUCAUCCACCUCUACCGCGCGCACCCCAAGAUGCCGCCCGCGGCCAUGAUCGCCGCCGGCAUCCAGGCGCAGCACACGGCCAAGUUUGCCAUGGAGAUUGGGCGGAUCGCCGCGGGCCUGACGGACGAUUGUAGUAACGUUCUCGAAAUUAGUACCCUCGUCGGCGCGGCGCUGGUUGAGAGUUCUUUCUGUUUGUUCGUCGGCGCUAUCCAGUACCAAUCCGACGCCCAGCGCUACUGGAUCGUCAGGCGGAUGCACGACAUUGCCCGCCUCACGGGCUGGCAGUCGGCGCGGCAAAUCGCCGAGGGCUGCGAGUCCGGUUGGAAAAAGGCCGCGGCCAUGGGCCGGGGCCCACCCUACGCGCGCGACCCGAGCCUGCAGACCGUGGUGCCGCCGUCCGUGUGGUCGAACCCAAGGCGGAUCAGCGCCCGGCUCGAGCAGCUCGAAAGCGACGACACGGUGCUCGUCGUCGCCAAGUCGGAGAGGGCUUUUUACGCGCUCGGUCUGAUUAGUGUGGAGGAGGAGAUGGAGAGGCUGGUGAUUAAGGAUGAGGGGUGA